AUGAAACACAUCAAUGCGUCUUACAUCAACCCAGGGGUCAUCGACAAUGAGACAAAAUGGAAGUGGGGAGAAUACAAACAAUUUCAUAUGAUCGGAUAUAUCAACCAGAGUUCAUUGAUCAUACUGAACGCCGACAACCUCCGUGUGUUCCAGGAACUUGUUUUCACGACACCACCACUCUCAUUCGCGUUCUCAAGACUCGGUACGCUGGCGGUGUCCACCGAAACACAAAUUACGAUUUAUCACUGCGAAGAUACUCGAACGCUAUUUCAACCACCACAGUACGUAGAAUACUCUAAGAAGGUCACAAAUGUCGACUCAAUUGACUUUCUAAGUGUACCCAACGAUGAGAACAAUGAAUUUUUCGUGUCAACUGGCGUAUUUAUUCAAGUUUUCGAAAUAAAGAAGAGAGAGCCAACUCUGAUCUUCUCAAUGCCAAUUGUGAGACAAACCCAGAUAUCCGCGUGCAUCGAUGGGGAACAUUUCUCAACAUGGAGCGAUAAUAACUUGGUGAAAGUUUGGAAAUACCACGCCGUGGCAAGAAAGGUGUUGGUGCAAUACAUCAAAGCAAAUGGCAAAAUCGUUUCUGUGACGUGGAGAAAAAACUGGACGAAGGACGCGCCGGCAAUGUUACUCAUCACGGACAGCGUGAUGACUACACUCUGGUAUGACAACCCAAGUUCGACUCAAAGUGCAACGUUCUCGCUCUUCUGUUCGACUGGAAUGUCCAUACCAAAGAAAGAUGGGUUAGUCUCGUGGAUGUAUUACCACCACAAUUUGCAUAAUCCCUAUUUCCCCUCGGCGAAAGCAAAUGACACUGUGAAGGUUGUUGGCUUUCACAGUUCAACGGGGUGUCAGAGGUUAUUACCAAAAAUCGAUAUUCCAAGGAAAUUCUCGCCAGACUAUUUGGUGCAAUUUGAUGGAAAGAAAAUUGUAUUCCACGUCAUUGAAUUCACUCCAAACGGAACUCCUAUACUCGACCAAAAUGACCCAGUCAAUGUAUUGGCGAGUUAUAACAACGUCUUCAACUUCAAAGACACAAAUGCAUUUAUUCCAAUGUGCACGGAGGCGCUGAGAGGAAACGCGCAACCGACACAAGUUUCUUUGUGCUGCAGAUCAGAGGGUCGAAGUGCUUUGUUUUCUCUUAAAAAAGUCGACAACGAUUUGCCGAAAGAGUUUGUCGAACCGCAGCCACUUAUAGUCGCUGGGCACACUGCCGAACCUCACACAAUUGUGGUCCACCAAACGCAACAAUACUUCGUAUCAAUUUCAAAAAAAGAAGCCAUCCUGUGGCUUAUUGGAGGAGUUCAGCAGUACUUGGGAGCUUACUUGAAAUUAGUUGGAGUGCUUGAGUUGAUGAAAAACUACUGCUUCUGUGAUACUUACGUUGUUGGGUGUGAAAAGAAGAAGGCGGUGGUGUAUCGGCUUAACAAAGCAAAUUGCCCCGAAUUGAUUGGCACAACCAACCUUCCGUAUGAAGCAACUUGCGUGUGUUCUGUUGGUGACAAAAUAGCUAUCGGGACUGAACAGGGUGUUUUGUUAUACUCGAUUGACACUUCCAUGCAACUCAAAGGGUCGAUUAAAGUCAGGGGAGUAAUUAGGAUGUCGACAGACCAGGUCGACGCACUGUACAUCGGAACGGAAGAAGCGAAUUAUGUUAGUAAAAUCACAAGACUUGCUGUUCUCCCUCUGAGCCUCAAAGGCAAGAUAUACAGUCACCAAGAAUUACGAGUGUGUGUCGUUGAUAAUAACAAAGUGUCGGUCUAUCAAAAGGAAGCUUCCGAUGUUUUUGAGCUAGAAUGCAACUUGGGGGACGCUUCGGAAGACUUGGUGUUGAUGAGCGGACAGCGCUCGGGUUAUAUUUCAAUCGCGAUUGGUCGUGGAAAUGUUUUAGAGUGGUGGACUCCAACAACGUGUUCCAAUAUACGAGUGUAUAACACUGGGUAUGAAAAACUCGACAGCAUCUUGUUUUCGGAUAAAAUUGGAGCUUUGGGAACAACAAAAGAAGGGACUUCAGUCAUUGCGACUGGUAAAAAAAUCUUUGUCUUUAGCAAAUGGGAACAAAACAUUCAAAGAGUGACGAAAUGCAUCGAGCCGCAGCAAAGUUACCAACUGUUCCACCCAAGGUGUUUGCUCCAAAUGAUAUUUGCAGGGUGUAUGAAGCAGACAAAAGUGGUGCUGGUUGUUUAUCUUAAGACUUUGAAAGAAAACAAGAAUUUCCCGUUGGUGUAUAACGACGUUUACAAAAUAUACCACUCCAUGCAACUGGACAGUAACCAAACGAAUGAGUAUAUCGCCGAGCUUAUUACUGUACUUCAACAGACCCAAGUGAAGACUUUGAGUACAUCAGAACAAGGCUGUGUUGCUGGUAUAUGUGAAGCCAUUAUUCAGGCAAACCAGAUGGAAGGGUUGGACGAGUGUGGUAUCAAUUUUUACGUCGCGUGGAAGCUUGACACAUCAAUUGGAAAGUUUUACGGCAAGUUAAUAACGCCAUUUGACGCGGUGUGGGCCUUCCACUCCGAGGCUAUUCCUUUGCUAUGCAGAGAACUUUCAGGGACAAAAAUGAACCUGGAGGAAGCACUCAAUGUGGGCGUUGAGUUCUGGUUGAUGAACAAACCGGAGCUUUUAAAGAACUUUUUGUCCGACGUGGCAAAAGUGGAGUUCCUCAAAAAGAAAGAUCCGGGAGAUGUGGCGAUCAUUUACGUGCUUCUUGGAAGAGUCCCAGCACUUGCUGCUUUGUAUAGAAUGAACCAAGAGAUGAAAAUUGCCGAUUUCUUGGUGAGAGAUUUCUCUGUCGACCGAAACAGAAUCGCUGCUGUCAAAAACGGAUUUGUUUUGACGAGUCAACACAAGUACUCAAUUGCCAUCGCGUUUUUCUUCUUGGGAGAGGCUAUCCAAGAGGCAGUUAAUGUCGCGCUGGACAAGUUGAAUAACGUCGGAUUGGCUUUUCUCAUUGUUCUGUUCAGUAAAAACGUUGAAAAGUAUAUGAGUGAACUUUUACUUGUCGAAAUGAAGAAGCGCAAGGAGAUAUUUGGCGAGUUGUUCUGUUAUUUGAACCUGAAGAGAUACAGUGAAAGUAAUGCGACUCUGAUGAAACUGACUGAAGAACCAAACUUGUUAUACUUCAUGGAGUAUUUAAAGAACAAUACGCUGUUGCGACAACUCUACAAAGUGAACGAAAUUGAACAAUCCUCAUUUGGGAUGAUGCGACGAAACGUUCACCUGUAUUUAAGAAAUCGGUGUGCGCCACUUGCAUUCCAAUUGAUCGAUGCACAAAUCGAGAAGACGGUAACCCCAGAGAAAACACCUUCGCCUGCCCCACCGAAAAACGACGAUGACUGGUUCGACGACCUGAUGAGUGACACGCCAGCAAUUGUCGAGAAGAAAAAAGAAACAUCAUUAGACCAAUGUUUCCCCGUGUUGUCGUGUGAGUUUGACGUUAGUGUGAUGAAAGACCUUGCAAAGAUAACAGCCGAGCACUUGAUGCAUCGGUAUAUAAUCGUCUCGAAAACCGGACAUGCCUUUACAAAGAAUUUUGUAGCACCACGCAUUGUACCGUUUUUGGACCAAUUUGGUGUUGAAAAGGAAACAACGAUGAAUAUGUUCUACGACAUUUGUACAUUGACGGACUCGAUUGAUUUGUUGUGUAGAGCGUCGUGCGAGAGUGAAGCACAAGACAUUCCAGUGGCCUAUAAAAUACAAGACACGCCAUUUGUCUCUUCAUUUGUCGACCAGGGCAUUUCUGUGUUUUCAAACAGCUCAAGAAGGGGGACGGAUGAAGACGUGAGAGUCUCUAUGAGUAAACACAUCAAUGCAAUCAAGGAAGGAAAACUGAAUGUGAUUAAGAAAUCGCCUCCUGUGCCUCCAAAGCCAGCCUCAAAAACACAGAGCAUGUCGAACUGCUCUUGUCUUGGAAUGCAAUUCAUCAACAAGGCGGAGGAACCUCUUUACGCCUAUUUGAUCUCAAGGGUAUUCCCUCCAGUGCACUCGCUUAAUGCGUUGACACACUUAUACGAAGAGGCACACAGAAUAUUCCUUACGCACGUUGAAAAGAAGCUGGUGAUACCACGACAAUUUUUGAGUAUGAUGAUAGUGUUGAUAUUUGUGGUUUCGGGAAGGAGGAAGAACUAUGACUUGAUAUUGAAACUUGUGACGACACCGAACAGAACAGUUGAGGGUGUGUGCCAAAUACUGAAAGAGAAAAUUGAAGAGGAGGAAUAUGUUGAAAAGGAGAUGAGUGAUUCGGAACAGUUUUUGACUGGUCUGUUGAUUUUGUUCACCAUCCCUCUGAUUUCGGAAUUGUUGCACGACAUUGAUUGUGAGAAAAUCGAUUCAACGCUGACAAAAUGGACUGCAAGUUUAAUUACUUACACCAGUUACUUAACACCACGAACUGUCCUUGAGAUAGCCCCAACAGAGUUUUCGUUCCGAAUAUUUUCAAAGGAAAUUAUAAACUUCUUGGAGAAGGAAUGCAAGGGCUUUGAGUCGAUGUUGCGACUGUACACCUUGGUCAAAGAAACUCGAGCAGACGUUUUGCGCUCUGUUUUGUCAAAGAUUUUUGACUCGGCAAGUAUUCCAACUUCCAUCAAUGAAGUCGAACCACAGAUCAACGUGCCGUCGUCUAAAAACACUCUAAUGAUCGACACCCCACCAGUCAACACCUUUUGCUGCUCGGCAGAUAACAACUUUGUGAUUUACUCGACAAAGGACUGUAUAAAAAGACUCGCUAAAGUGGAGACGUCGAACGACCUGAGGUAUUGUUAUUACGCGAUGCACCCAACGACUCACAAGCCGGCAAGGGUCGUCAACUUCUCUGUGAAGUGUAUGGACUCAAAUCCGAAAUUUCCAUAUUUUGUUGUUGGUACAGAAGACGGGUUGAUUCUCAUUUUCAAAUAUUCACAGGACGAGGCCAUUAUCAUCACUGCGAUUCACAACAACAUCUCUCCGAGUUUGAGCGGGAACGGGCCAAAAGGGUAUGGCAUUAAGAAUGUCCGAUGGAACAGUGUUGGUACUAAAUUGAUUGCUUGCGACAUGGCUGGGUAUGUUGCUGUUUAUCGAUUCACAGUGAACGACAUCACCUUAGUCAUGUCCGAGAAGAUGUUUGACCAAGCUGUUGACGCCAUUUUUAUAGGUGAGACGAUGUUCUUUGCAGCUGCCGGUAAUCGUGAAUUUCCUAAAAAGAGAGGUGAGUUAGUCAUUGGUAAUUUACUCCAAGCGACUCCGGUUGUCACGCGUUCUCUCUUCGAGCCGAUCAACGCAAUUUGUCUUGUCGAACGCUACUCCUCAGUAUUGGUUUCUGAUGAAAUUGGUAUCAAAUUUGUCGAUAUCCAAACCGGUCGCAUUUGCUCUGAAAAGCCGUUUGAAAAGGGUGUAUCGGCAAUUGCAGUCGACACAUAUUCCAUCUGUCUCUUUGCUGGUUUGAGCGACGGUCGUAUCAUUAUGUCGCACCUUCCCGAUCUCGGCGAAGUGGAUGAAAUAGGCAGACAUCAAACCAAGCCCCGUGGUGGCAACUUAUUCAAGUCGAUGGCACUCUCCAGGUAUUACUCCGUCAACAAACUCGAGAUCUUAUGGUUUGACAAGAAUGCUCAGCCAGAACUCUACUCUUGUUCUAACGAUGGCAGUCUGAUUCAGCGUUCUAUCAUUUACUUCCAGUGA